CAGUCUCGUAUGACUUUGCCACCUAUAGCUAAUAGGAAUCAUUGAACCCAUUAUUAAUUCAGUCACACUGUAAAAGCUUAACAAGAAGUACACCUUUUCUUUAUAACUCAUCUCCAACAUUCAGUCAAGCCCUCUCCAGACCUUGGAAAAUGGGGGAGAAUCUUGUUUCAAGUUGGUCGGACGGUAAGACAUUGCCCAAAAAUUACAUAUUCCCACCGGAUAAAAGACCAGGGGAGCACAAUGUUCCUAUGUCGAAGAGUCUUCCGGUCAUUGAUCUUUCCAAUGUUGAUGGACAAGAACGCAAAAAAACGAUUCAAAAGAUUAUAGAAGCUAGCCAUGAUUUCGGAUUCUUUCAGGUAAUCAACCAUGGAGUGCCAAGAAAAUUACUUGAUGCUACACGAGAAGUAGUCAAAGAGUUAUUUGAACUCCCGAUAGAGGAGAAAUCGAAAAUAUACUCUUUGGACUUGAGUAAGAUAUGCAUGCUUUACUCGAGCAAUGUUGAUUACGAGAGAGAGGAGAUUCACAAUUGGCGGGAUUCUUUAAGGCUCGUGUGCACACCUCUAGAAGAAUGCAUCCAUUCCUGGCCUGAAAAGCCUCCCGAAUUUAGGAAGAAUGUUGGGAAGUAUGUAAUCAAAGUUAGAGAGCUUGGAUUAAGAAUUUUGGAGCUGAUAUCGGAAGGACUGGGGCUUGAACCAAAAUACUUUGCAAAUGAACUAAGUGGGUGGCAAGUUAUGUCUAUUCAUCAUUACCCUCCAUGCCCUGACCCGAGUUUAGCCUUAGGAACUCGAAAGCAUGGGGAUACGGGCCUCGUUACCAUUCUUCUUCAAGAUCAUGUUCCAGGCCUUCAAGUCUUGAACGACGGGGAAUGGAUCGGCGUCGAAGCAAUUCCUGAUGCCUUUGUUAUCAACAUUGGAUACCAAUUACAGAUGAUUAGCAAUGGAAAACUUCGAAGCGCAGAGCAUCGAGUGGUAGCAAACAAAAACGAAGUGCGUAACAGUGUUGCAUUGUUCAUCCAGCCAACAAUAGAGUCUAUAAUUGAGCCUGCUAAAGCUCUUGUAAAUGCAGAAAAUCCUGCUGUUUAUAAGAGUGUGCGAUUUGCAGACUUUCUUCAUACGUUUCGGGCAGCCUAUUCGGGACAUAUUGAAGAUGUAUUGGAGCCUUAUUUGCUAACAACUUAAAAGUUAAAGUAGAACAAAUAAAAAACUUUGGUGUUGUGACUUUAAAAACCAUAGUUUGAUGACUUGAAAAGCUUAAAAUGUGCCGAUUUCUUUCAUGUUGAGCCAAUAAUUAAUGUUUCUAAAUUUAUUGAGAAGGAAUUGUUAUUUCCUAAUUACUAUGAUCUAAAUUGUGUGUGUAUAUGCGUUUUCAAAAUUU